AGACAACUUUAAAAAAAUGAGCAUAAAGUUGAAGUGAUGGAAGGAAGAAAACAACAAGAAGAACACGGGAGGAGGCAAAAAUGAGCUUGGUUAGAAUUAAAUAUUGAAAUUCCCAAGAUAGCAGAGGAUCAUAGAAUUACAAGUUGCUGCGAAAAGAGAGUUUUUUCACAACCUAAUCAUAUGCUGCCAAUCGUAAGAUCCAACAUGUCUCAAACACUAAGUUGCAUAAUACAACACCCAAUGGACUCAACUUUGAUGAAGUCACUGUCCCACAACCCAAAGAACUCCAAUUCCUCCACACUCAUCAAGUGCUUUGCCAAAAAUUCUGGUCCUUCUGCCAAGAUCAUGGCUUCUGCUACACCUACAGCAGCCCCCAUCACCUUUGGAUUCAGAAAUUUGUUGGAAACAUUCACUGUUGAUGUGCAUAGAGCAGAGAAUAGGCAACUGAAUGUGCCCUUAAUUGCUCCUUUUACCAUUGCUACCUCUAGACUGGACAAGGUGGAGAACGUGGCCAUAAGAGUUGAGUUGAGCAAUGGUGCUGUGGGGUGGGGCGAGGCACCGAUUUUGCCUUUUGUUACAGCAGAGGACCAAACCAUCGCCAUGGCCAAGGCUUCUGAGGCAUGUGCCUUCUUGAGGAGAUGCCCUGCACUAACUUUGGGUUCCAUGCUGGGAGAGAUUGCUGGUAUUCUUCCUGGGCAUCAAUUUGCUUCAGUUAGGGCUGGGGUGGAGAUGGCAAUAAUUGAUGCUGCUGCAAAUAGUAUUCGUGUGCCAUUGUGGAGGCUUUUUGGUGGGGCUUCUAAUACCAUAACCACCGACAUAACAAUCCCAAUUGUUUCUCCAGCUGAAGCAGCUGAAUUGGCUUCUAAGUACUAUAAAGAAGGGUUUAAGACUUUAAAGCUGAAGGUGGGAAAGAAUCUCAAUGCAGAUAUAGAAGUGCUGCAAGCUAUACGUGUUGCCCACCCCGAGUGUCAGUUUAUUCUUGAUGCUAAUGAAGGGUAUAAUUCUGAGGAAGCAGUGGAAGUUCUUGAGAAAUUACACGAUAUGGGGUUGACUCCUAUUCUAUUUGAGCAACCAGUUCACAGAGAUGAUUGGGAUGGUCUUCGGUAUGUGAGUAGUAUAGCAAGAGAGAGAUAUGGUGUAUCUGUUGCAGCUGAUGAGAGUUGCAGAAGUAUAGUUGAUAUUUACAAAAUUGUGGAAGGGAAUGUUUUAGAUGUGAUUAACAUUAAGCUUGCCAAAGUUGGGGUUAUGGGGGCCCUUGAAAUUAUUGAAAAGGCAAAAGCAGCAGGAUUAGAUUUGAUGAUUGGUGGUAUGGUUGAGACUAGACUUGCUAUGGGUUUUGCUGGCCAACUUGCUGCUGGCCUUGGAUGCUUUAAGUUCAUUGACUUAGAUACACCACUUCUGCUAUCAGAUGAUCCAGUUCUUGAAGGUUAUGAAGUUUCAGGUGCCACUUACAAGUUCUCAAACGCUAGGGGACAUGGUGGAUUCCUUCACUGGGACAACAUUGCAUAACGAUAGAGAUGCUUAUGCCAACACAAGAAUCUGGAAAAGCAUAAAUGGACAAGUUGGUUAGAAGGUUAGAAAAUUGAGUAAGAAAUGAAGAAUGACCACUGAUGGGCUUGUGCAUGAAAAAUAAGAUGUGCAACUGUUACAACUUAGCGUUAAAUAUUACAAUAACAACCAUUCAUGAAGAUUUCUUGUGCGGAAUGAGUAGCUAGUACCUAUCCACGACAACUAUGUAAUCGAUUCCUCACCUUAUUCUCGAAAGGUCUUGCACCAGAUAAGAGCUAGGAAUCGCACAUUAUGAUAAUAUGAUAUGGGUAUGGAAAUACAGCAAAUUUUAGAAAUUAGACUUAAAUUUUGCGCUGUUGGUUUCAAUAAUUUAAACUGUGAUUUU